AUGGCCACAACAGCAGCAGGUCGCAUGCUCUCCCGCCAACUGCAGCAAAUGCAGUCGGACAAGGACAUCCCCGGAAUCAGCUGCGGAUUGGUCGAUAACAAUGUCUUUGAAUGGGAGGUCAUGCUCAUGAUUUCCGAUGAUGUCAAGUUGUAUGGCGGUGGUUUCUUCCGUGCUCGUCUCUCGUUUCCUCCUGACUACCCUCACAUGCCGCCGAAAAUGAAGUUCGAGACGCCUCUGUACCAUCCGAACAUUUACCCCAACGGUGACGUCUGCAUCUCCAUCCUCCACCCCCCGGAGGAAGACAAGUACGGCUACGAGUCCGCCGCGGAGCGCUGGUCCCCCGUGCAAACGCCUGAGACGAUCCUCCUCUCCGUUAUCUCCAUGCUCUCCAGCCCCAACGAUGAAAGCCCCGCCAAUGUCGAGGCCGCACGGUUAUGGCGGGAAGAUCCGAAAGAGUUCAAGAAGAAGGUGCGCAAGUGCGUACGUGAUAGUCUGGGAGAGGAGUAA